AUGCGCCGUUCACAGGGCGCGGCGGCCCCGGCGCCUGGCGGGACGCGCCCGCGUCUGCGCUCCGUCCAAGCGGAGCUGGCGGGCCUCGCGGAGCGCAGUGGGCUGCUUUCACGAGAGCUGGCCGGCGGAGACGCUGCCUUCUCCUUGGUGCACGAUGGGGUCGGGGUGGAUGAGAGGACCCGGCCCGCAGCCUCCGUGACUGGGCUGGUCCCCGGGCCGAUGUGGGCUUUCUCACUCGGGCUCUCCGCGGGCCAGUCGUCAAGUUCCGCCCUCGGCGAAGGCAAGGACAACUUCGUCCAGUGCCCGGUGGAGGCGCUCAGGUGGGAGGAGAGGAAGUGCCUCAUCCUGGAGGAGUUCCUGGCCUACCAGCCGGACAUCCUGUGCCUGCAGGAGGUGGACCACUACUUCGACACCUUCCAUCCCCUCCUCAGCAGGCUGGGCUACCAGGGCACGUUCUUCCCCAAGCCCUGGUCCCCCUGCCUGGAUGUGGCGCACAACAACGGCCCCGACGGCUGUGCCCUGUUCUUCCUCCAGAGCCGCUUCAAGCUGGUCAGCAGCGCCAACAUCAGGCUGACGGCCAUGACGCUGAAGACCAACCAGGUGGCCAUCGCACAGACCCUGGAGUGCAGGGCGUCGGGCCGCCGGCUCUGCAUCGCCGUCACCCACCUGAAGGCCCGCACGGGCUGGGAGCGCUUCCGCUCGGCCCAGGGCUGCGACCUCCUCCAGAACCUGCAGAGCAUCACGCAGGGCGCCAAGAUCCCCCUCAUCGUCUGCGGGGACUUCAACGCGGAGCCCACCGAGGAGGUCUACCGGCGCUUCGCCGCCUCCAGCCUCGACCUCAACAGCGCCUACAAGCUGCUGAGCGCCGACGGGCAGUCGGAGCCGCCCUACACCACCUGGAAGAUCCGGACCUCGGGCGAGUGCCGGCACACCCUGGACUACAUCUGGUACUCGCAGCGGGCGCUGAGCGUGCGCUCGGCGCUGGGCCUGCUCACCGAGGAGCAGAUCGGGCCCGGCCGGCUCCCGUCCUUCAGCUACCCCUCGGACCACCUGUCUCUGGUGUGCGACUUCAGCUUCAACGAGGAGCCCGGCGCCCUCUCGUGAGCGCCCUCUUUCCGGCCAGGGGCGCGUCGGGAAGCGGACCCGGGACAGGAAGGGGCCGGGGAAGGACAGAGACUGGCCAGCGCCGGC